CUUGAUAUGGUCGCGUGUCGCGUACUUUGUGAGUCAUUACGUCUCGGACCGACGAGUGACGCAUAUGCCGCGACGCGAGGUGUGUAUAUUGUUAAUAUUUCCCGUUGGGUGAUCAAAAUAUUUUGUCAACGGUGGACUUUUCAAUGGAAUUACAAGAUACUGGUCUGCAGCGGGGAUGGAACAAUAGUUUGGGUGUUACAAUGUUUAAAUAAUGUGGGUCAAGAUAGCGAGUGUUCUUCUCCCGAAUGCGCUAUCGUGCCUCUGGGAACAGGAAACAAUCUCGCUCGUGUGUUAUGUUGGGGUUCCGGUUACACAGGAGACGAGGACCCGCUGAAUUUACUACGAGACGUUAUCGACGCGGAAGAAAUAAUAUUGGAUAGAUGGACUGUGGUUCUUUACCCGCAAGAACAAGAUGUAGGCAGCAACCCUCAAGCAGUCGCUAAUGCAACUGAUGCAAGGUCAAGUAGCGAAGAUAACACGCAAAUUAUGUAAUGAAUAAUUAUUUUGUCAUUGGCGUCGAUGCAGAUUUAUGUUUGGACUUUAAUAAGAAGAAAACCCUAACAAAUUCAAUAGCAGAUUACGGAAUAAAGUUGGGGUUCUGGUGCUAAUCCCUGGGGACCAGAUACUAAAGAAGAUCAAUUUUAUACGCCAAAUCACUAGAAUGGUAUGCUAGAUGUUGUCCGAGUCACGGGCGUUAUGCAUCUUAGACAGAUACAGUCAGGUUUACGCACGACUAUGAGGAUAGCACAAGGCGGACACAAAAAAAUCCAUCUAAACUCGGAUAUACCUGUACAAGUGGACGGUGAACCGUGGGUGCAGAGUCCAGGAGAUAUCGUGGUCUUGAAGUCCGCACUCAAGGCUACGAUGCUGAAGAAGACUAAGGGUACAAUGAAGCGACAUAAUAUAGAGUCCAGUAUGCAGUUGGCGUUACAGGCUGCACCACCGAACGAACCGGUCGCGGAAAUCUUCUGCGUGAAUGAACAAAUGUUAUGUGAAAGUGGAUGAGAAUACGUUGCCGUGAUCACGAGCACGUAGUCGCAAGACAGAGGACUCGAUCGAUUUGGCACUGCAGUAAUAAAAUAAAAUCGGCAUUGAUGAAAUCGUCUGACGGCGGUUACGAUACACGAACUUAAACAUAAGGCAGGCACAUACAACGCAAGGGAAAAAUAAAGGGAAGGAACAACCACUCGACGAGAGAAAGCAGGGAGAGUGACAGGUAGAUAAGGUUUUCAAAUCACACGGGCACACGUAAUAUACACAGCGUAAAAAAAUCCCCGAUUAAUGAUUCUUAAUGUUUGU